UGUAAGCUGUCAGCAAUUCAACGCUUCAUCAAAGGAAGUGGUGGAACAGUAUUAACAAAGUUGUCAGCAAAUAAUUUGACAGCUAUCCAAUUAAACGAAUGUGAACAAAGUUUUCAACAAGGCAAUGGUUUAUUGGAGGAAUUAAUUGGAACAGGGUAAACAACGUCGUCACAAAGAAUGUUAGAGCUAUCCUAAUACAAGAGACAUGAUGCGGCUGUUAGUUUGAAUGACGCUUGUCAGAUGAAGCAAAAUCGCCAUGGCGAGACAGCGCUCUGUACCCUUUCAUAUCGGAUUGAAAAAUUCUCCUCUAUCAGUGUACGCUGAAAACAUAGAGGCAGUCUCUGUCGGAUGAGAAGAAUGUCAGUUCAUUCAGGUCUAGCAACAGUUGUAGAAAUCGGAUCUAUAGAAGUGUUUUGUAUACCUAGAAUGUUCAUAGACAAUGAUUAUAAGAGACAACUUAUAUUUUUAGCAGAUGCGAUUGCCUCGCAAUAUACGCGCAAUAUAGAAGAAGCUUGAUCCGGUCUCAGGUUUGUUUACUCUGUGCGAACGUGCUUUAACUUUUUUGUCACAACAGUGGGAGGCCGGUAACAGUAAAUUUGCAAUUGUGAUAGGUUCAUUACUAUGAACGCAUCAGGUUACAUGUGUUUGACAGUUGUGUGAAAUAUAUGGCCAGAUAAAGUGUUUACAUGUUUUGUACGGAUAACGGGAAAUACCUUAAGUACGGUAACAAAACAAAUUAUAGGUGAAAAAUGUCUGUGAUAUGGAUUGUGUGUUUUUUCAUUCCCUCUGUGUUUUCAAGCAAUGUGAUAAAAAUGGGGUACAUUACUGGAUCCCAGAAACUACCUGGCACAUUUUACCGCCGACCGGGCCAACAGGUUUCUGGCGCGCUGACUAUGGCUUUGGAUGAAAUAAAUGCGGAUAUAAGCGUUCUUCAAGAUCUUAAAUUAGACUUCACUAUGGUGGAAACGUACGGUGUUGAGUUGGAAAGUAUCAAAGUGACCGUCGAAUUAGUCAAUCAGAAUAUAUCGGUCUAUAUUGGACCCCAAGAGACAUGUACGCAUGAAGCUAAAAUUGCUGCUGCAUUCAACAUACCAAUGAUAUCUUAUUUUUGCUCGGAAGUGGAAGUCAGCAAUAGCCAGUCUUACCCAACAUUCGCUCGCACCAAGCCAACCGACUCACAAAUUUCACGCAGCGUUGUCUCCAUAUUGAAGAAGUUUGAAUGGGACAAGAUCACCUUCGUCCAUACCCAUGAAGAUGAGCUGCAACACACUGCUGACACCAUAUUUGAGUUGCUGGAAAGCUACGAGAUCGAGGUUACAUUCCGGAAAGUGUACAAAGGACCUUACUUCCAUGACCACAUGGUGAACCCAUUCAUCCGAAUCGUCCAAGAAACGUUCGUAGACACAAGAAUUUACGUUAUGCUGGGUCAGUCCUAUGAGUUUGUUGGCCUGGUCGAUCAGCUAUACGACCGCGGCUUGCUGGACACUGGCGAGUAUUUUGUAGUCGGCGUUCACGUUGGACAGUAUGAUCCACAAGAUGCACAACUUUACUUCAGGGGAAUAUUCAGCGAGAAGAACGUACCUGCUACCACCCAAGAGGCAUUCCAGUAUUUCAUAGGUGUUGUUCACUCUCCACCAGUUUAUCCGGAAUAUGACACAUUCACCCGCGUUGUUAAUAGCUACCUGGAGUUACCGCCCUUUAACUUCGAGAACCACUAUAAACACAUCGGAGGUCUUAAAAGAUUAAAACCGGAAACAGCCUACCUUUAUGAUGCUGUAUGGUUGUACGCCAAGGCUGUAAAUGAGUGUCUCUCAGAUGGAUUGGACUAUCGGGAUGGGCAACUUAUCAUCGACAAAAUCAAGGGGAAGUCGUACAAAAGCGCUAUGGGAUACAUCUUAAGGAUCAACGAGCUUGGAGACUCUGAGGGCAACUACACGUUAGUGGCUCGGGAUGUCUUUAGAGAGGCAUACACGCCCGAUCUGCUUGGGCCUGGUGUAACGCAGUAUGGCAUCUACCCUGUCGGGGUAUUCAGAUUGAAUGAAAAACAAAGUACUCCGCCAGAGCUACCAACGUUACCGACAUACCAUUUUUAUGAGGGAAGCUAUAUAGACUGGGUUGAUGGCAAACCUCCGAUAGACGAACCGCCUUGCGGAUUCCGUGGAGAAAAAUGUAUUCCACCAAAAACGUAUACAAGGGAGAUAUUGGCGGGAGUUGCAGGAGGACUUGUUCUAAUAGUUUCCGUGGUCGGAUUUCUCGUUUAUAGAAACUGGAAGUAUGAAAACGACCUGGCCAGUCUGCUGUGGAAGCUGGAUUACAAGGACAUUGAUUUCAAGGACCAUUUUGUCGGCACCAUGAGUACCAAAUGUGGCAACAAAGGGAGGAGAACAGCUAUGGUACGGGUGAACAGCCAGAUGUCUCUGGCAUCCCAGGGCGAGUUUGACUUUCGGCAACUGUUUACUUGCGUCGCUACCUACAAAGGGAUGAUUGUAGCAGUCCGGAAGAUACGCAAGAAACACAUUGAGAUUACAAGAAACAUCAAGAAAGAACUGAAAGUGAUUCGAGACCUACGUCACGAGAACCUCAAUCCGUUUAUCGGCGCAUGCGUAGACACGCCCCAUAUUCUCGUUGUUACCGCCUACUGCUCCAAGGGCAGUCUAACCGAUAUCCUAGAAAAUGAUGACAUUCAAUUAGAUGACAUGUUCAGGGCUUCACUUGUGUUUGACAUUAUAAGGGGUAUGUCAUAUCUCCACGACAGCGAGAUAAAGUCUCACGGGAAACUGAAAUCCUCCAAUUGUGUAGUAGAUAGCAGAUGGGUGUUGAAGGUAACGGAUUUUGGACUGAACGAGUUUUUGGAGGGAGAAGAUGAGGACGACGAAGGCGAUUUUGCUAAAUACAGAAAUAUGUUGUGGCGAGCGCCAGAGUUAUUAAGAGCGGAAGAUGCGCCACGCCGCGGAACGCAAGAAGGAGAUGUUUAUUCUUUUGCCAUCAUCAUGUACGAAAUACAUGGACGAAAGGGGCCUUAUGGGGAUUUAGACCUGUCUCCAAAAGCUAUAAUAACACGCGUGAUGGAGCGGCGAGAUGAUGUCCCUUUUCGGCCGCAUCUGGGGGAACUGUUGACCACCUCAAAAACUGUGAUAGACGCCCUUCGAGAUUGUUGGGACGAAGAGCCUAGUCGCCGUCCCGACUUUAAGACCAUCAGGAACAGGCUGAAACCUAUUCAGAAGGGCAUGAAACCAAACAUUCUCGACAACAUGAUCGCCAUCAUGGAAAAGUAUGCCAGCAAUUUGGAGGCGCUCGUUGAGGAAAAGACGGACCAACUACGAGACGAGAAGAAGAAAACAGAAGAGAUACUCUUACAGAUGCUACCAAAGGCGGUAACAGAACAACUAAAGCGUGGCAAAGUGGUUGAGGCGGAACACUUUGACUGUGCGACGAUCUACUUCUCCGAUAUUUGUGGAUUUACGGCGCUGUCGGCCUAUAGCAGUCCUAUGCAGGUGGUGAACCUACUAAACGAUUUGUACACGUUGUUUGACUCGAUCAUUGAAAAUUACGACGUGUAUAAGGUGGAGACGAUAGGAGACGCUUACAUGGUCGGCUCGGGGCUGCCAAAACGUAACGGAAUUUUGCAUGCCGGAGAGAUUGCUUCCAUGUCUCUUCAUUUGCUCAGGGCUAUCAAACAGUUCAAAAUCCGACACCGGCCCGAGGAUACCCUCAAACUGCGAAUAGGGAUCCACACAGGCCCCUGUGUGGCAGGGGUAGUAGGACAUAAGAUGCCCCGAUAUUGCCUCUUCGGGGACACUGUGAAUACCGCAUCUCGAAUGGAGAGCAACGGUCUGGCCUUAAAAAUUCACUGUUCGAUUCAAUGUAAGAAGUUGUUAGACGAACUCGGAGGCUACAUCGUAAGAGAACGAGGACUGGUAAAUAUGAAGGGCAAAGGUGAACUGCUGACAUACUGGUUAAUAGGUGAAAACAAGCAAAAAAGACUCACUCGCCUUUCUUCGCUUUACUCUGACACCGGGAACCUCUUCAUUACUAACACGCAAACCUCGGAUAUUGACGUUUGUGCAACCAGUGGGAUUUCAUUCAAUUCAGCUUUCGAUAAUAACAUUGUAUCGUCUGCGGAUUCCGGAAUUCAAAAUGAUGAUUCCUUUACUGGUACUUCUGUUUCACAAAGACCUAGUAUUGUGUCGGAACAAGGGUAUACGGAGUUUAAAAACGAGAAUGAAAGUGAUUCUGUGUAUGUUGAUGUUAUGGAUAUGGAGGAGGAGGAGGAGGAAGAGAAUGGUGAAGGAAUGGAAAAACUUGAUUCAAUUCCUGAAAUAAUUUGCAAUGGAAAUCACAAAGAAUCGGAAAAACAGAGAAAAAGACGAAACGGCGAUGUUGAGACUGGUUUAGAACUUAUGCCUCUAUUGGAAAAGACAAAGAGUUGAAAUGUUGCGAUGCCAGAGAAAAUCGGUGAUUCGUAAGUGUUUUAAAGACACCAAAUCACAGAAUGUGAGAAUCGUGAUAUAUAUGAAACUUAUUCGAUCUGAUAAAACGCUAAAUGUCAGAAACACUUGGCGGGAUUGCCUGGAUGGUAUCCAAAUUUGAUUACAGAAAUGACAUUCAUAUAUAUAUGUACACGAACACUUCUUGAAAAACAGAGGAUAUUAGAAUAGACAAAACAUUGAAAAACUGCUCGAAAUCGGAGCACGGACUCCUACUCUUUCAUUUCUAUUCUCCGAGCCAGAGGUCUCUCUUGACGGGCAAAGAAAAUAUCUGCCACCACGAACAAAAUGAUUGAUUGAUUUCAGCUAGAAUACAAGUGUUUACACUAAGUAUUCCUGGAAUAUUUUAAGUAAUUUCAUUAAGGAAAUUUCAAUCAAAGUAAAAAAUAAAAAACAACUUCGAAUGAAAGAAAAUUUACUUUUUAAUGACAUCACGUGAUUUGGAUCAUGAUCAUGUGAUGAGCGAACACAAACGCUUUGUGGAUUUUGUUUAAUUUCAUCAAUGAUAAAUUAUGUACCAGGUCUGGGCAAGUCGCAAAAUGUGAUAAGGGCUCAUAUUCAAUAAAGUAUUGAGUCUGAGUUUAACACUGUAGUCUCAUAACUGCAGAUCUAUUUCUAUUUGCAAUAGGCGAUUCUCAGUCUGAGUCUAAACAAUAAAAGCAUGUAAAUAAUUCUUCAAGUUCAAAUAGUUAUAAUUUUAGCAAAUUGCAUCAUUAGAACAUAACUAUAAGUAGGAUACGAUGAAAUUGCAGUUAAGCCACUUGAGUCUGAAGUCAGACUUGAUACUGUUCGUAAUGAUUGCCCAUGACGUCAGAUUGGUUUUGCCAUUUUUGUUGACCUAACAACAGUUGUUAUAUAAAUAUAUGUUCUAGUGAUAUGUAUAUAAUAAAACAUGAUUUCAAACAAA